UGCUGUUCAGCAUCUGCCGGUGUGGAUCUAAAUCCGGAAAACGGGCUUGGUGGCACGUCAUAUUGGCGAGGAGAUCGCCUGGUAAGCCACAUAGAAGCUGGUUCCAGAAGAUAUGAUGUGGCUGAGGCAGAAUGACGAUAGAACUGGCUUGUGCUUUGUGGGGAUGUUGGAGAUGUGGGGAGUGACGUCAUGGUAUCAACAUCUGAACCUGUCUGAACCUGUCUGCAUCAUGAUGCCUUAUAUCUUGGCUAUCGCGUUAAGACUUUGUACAUGGGAAAUUUAUGUAUAUUCUUCAUUCAAAUUCAGAUAUUGUACAUGUAUAUUUUGUAGUAAAUAAUGCGCAAUUUGUCAUUCAGAUCAUGAGACGUACAUCAUUACGUGUGUUCACAGAGCCAUUGCGUCAACUUUUAA